CCCUAGUCCUUCUGUAGAAAGUAAAUGCGAGGGAGAACUGUGCUUUAAAAAGACAACACUCAAAUAAAUAAUUCAACCAACGAAGAACGAGGCUGCGUCAAACACCGCGUUCUCCUCAAUACCCGAAGAAGUGACACCCACUCAAGCUGAUCGGUCAGAAUGAACGAGUUGCAGGACAGUUUAAAAAGCCUGGAGCAGAGCUGCAGGCGAUUCAGACAGCAGCAGUUCACGUUCAUCUCAGCGCUGGAGCGGACCCGCGAGCAUGCCCACGAGAGGACGAAGCCCGUCUCCACCCUGGCACAGGUCCAGAACUACCUUGACCACCACUGUCACAACACCACUGACCAGGGCAUCCUAACGCUCUUCCUGGACAUCGUGCGCGACCUGAGCCACACUCUCCAGCGGCUCGAGAGCGUGAUGACCGAGGACAGCCCGGCCAGUUACUGCCUGGAGGCCUGCAGGACUCUCCUCUAUCACAACAAUGACCUCAGCCACAUCCGUGCCAAAUACCCUCACGAUGAGGUGAACCACCUGAGCUGCAACGAGGCUCGCAAUUACUACGGGGGGGUGGUGAGCCUGAUCCCGGUGGUCCUGGACCUCCUGCAGCAGGGCGUGACGUCUUCCCAGAGAGCCCAGAGGAGGCUGGCUGCUGAACAGGGCGCUGAGCCGGCCCGCAGCUCCCGGGCAGGACCCCUCUCCAACACCUCGGCAACCCAGGCGGGCAGCGGAGCCGUCAAGAAGGGGGGCUGCUUCCCCUACAACGAGGCCGGGCCCUGGGACACCACCAAGCCAGCCUGGAGGCCCCCGGGCCCCAUCAAUAAACACUGAGACCCUUCCUCUCUGUGCCGGCGAUCUGUUAAAAUCCACUUUCUGGUUAGGAUAAAGAAUAACGCUUUCUAGAAAAAGAGAAUAAAGUAGAGUUUCUGUUGAU